GCCCGCUCCGGGUUCCGGCGGCAGCACCUGGGCCGCGGCGGGCGUCCGCGGGGGCACGCUGUCCGCCCCCCUCGGCGAUGACCACGGCCGGCGCCCCGGGCGCCGUGCCCGCGGGGACUCCUGUGAACAGCCUCCACGAGUCCCUGGACCAGUGCAUGACCGCCCUGGACCUCUUCCUCACCAACCAGUUCUCAGAAGCACUCAGCUACCUCAAGCCCAGAACCAAGGAGAGCAUGUACCACUCACUGACGUAUGCCACCAUCCUGGAGAUGCAGGCCAUGAUGACCUUUGACCCCCAGGACAUCCUACUUGCUGGCAACAUGUUGAAGGAGGCCCAGUCUCUCUGUCAGAGGCACCGGAGGAAGUCCUCUGUAACAGAUUCCUUCAGCAGCCUGUUGCACCGCCCCACUAUGGACCAGUUCACGGAAGUGGAAAUCCACGCUGAGGUCUGCUACGCAGAGUGCCUGCUGCAGAGAGCAGCCCUGACCUUCCUGCAGGACGAGAACAUGGUGAGCUUCAUCAAGGGUGGCAUCAAAGUUCGAAACAGCUACCAGACCUACAAGGAGCUAGACAGCCUCGUGCAGUCCUCACAGUACUGCCAGGGAGAGAACCACAGGCACUUUGAAGGAGGAGUGAAGCUCGGUGUGGGAGCCUUCAACCUGACGCUGUCCAUGCUUCCUACCAGGAUCCUGCGGCUGCUAGAGUUCGUGGGGUUUUCAGGAAACAAGGACUACGGGCUGCUGCAGCUGGAGGAGGGGGCAUCGGGGCACAGCUUCCGCGCCGUGCUCUGUGUCAUGCUGCUGCUGUGCUACCACACCUUCCUCACCUUUGUGCUCGGCACUGGGAACGUCAACAUCGCGGAGGCAGAGAAGCUCUUGAGACCCUACCUGAAGCGAUACCCUAAGGGCGCCAUCUUCCUGUUCUUUGCGGGGCGGAUUGAAGCCAUUAAAGGCAAUGUUGACGCGGCCAUCCGGCGGUUCGAGGAGUGCUGCGAGGCCCAGCAGCACUGGAAGCAGUUCCACCACAUGUGCUACUGGGAGCUGAUGUGGUGCUUCACCUACAAGGGCCAGUGGAAGAUGGCCUACUUCUACGCAGACCUGCUCAGCAAGGAGAACUCCUGGUCCAAGGCCACCUACAUCUACAUGAAGGCCGCCUACCUCAGCAUGUUUGGGAAGGAGGACUACAAGCCGUUCGGGGAUGACGAAGUGGAGUUGUUUAGAGCUGUGCCGGGCCUGAAACUCAAGAUUGCUGGGAAAUCUCUACCCACAGAGAAGUUUGCCAUCCGGAAGUCCAGACGCUACCUCUCCCCCAAACCUAUCUCAUUGCCCAUCCCUGCUCUGGAAAUGAUGUACAUUUGGAAUGGCUACGCUGUGAUUGGGAAGCAGCCGGAACUCACAGACGGGAUACUUGAGAUUAUCACCAAGGCUGAAGAGUUGCUGGAAAAGGGCCCAGAGAAUGAGUACUCAGUGGAUGAUGAGUGCUUGGUGAAGCUGCUGAAAGGCCUGUGUCUGAAAUAUCUGGGCCGUGUCCAGGAGGCCGAGGAGAAUUUCAGGAGCAUCUCUGCCAACGAAAAGAGGAUUAAAUACGACCACUACUUGAUCCCAAAUGCCCUGCUGGAGCUGGCCCUGCUGUUUAUGGAGCAAGGCAGAAAUGAAGAGGCUGUCAAACUCUUGGAAACUGCCAAGCAAAAUUAUAAGAAUUAUUCCAUGGAAUCAAGGACACAUUUUCGAAUCCAGGCAGCCACACUCCAAGCCAAGUCUUCCCUAGAGAAUGGCAACAGAUCCAUGGUUUCAUCAAUGCCCUUGUAGUUUUGUGCAGCAUUCCCAGGCUGGAAGACAGAGUCAGCUGGACAGAGAGCUCCUGGAAACAUUUCAAAAAGAUCCCCUCCCCCUGCCCUGCCGUUGGGGUCCACCGGUGCUCCAGUGCGAUGACACGACAUAGGUAUCUGUGCAGAAGCGAAGCUGGCAUUUUCACCAGUGUGGCCAAGGGCCUUUGCCAAGGACAGAGUAGCUGGAGCCCUCUGCCUGCCCUAUCACAUAUACGGGUACUUGUUUUUCACUGUGAUGUUUAAGAGAAUGUAUAAACAGUUGUUUACAUUUUCCUUAGAAAGACAUUGAUGGGAUCAAAGUUGGCUUUGGAAAAAACUACCAACCAACCACCUGUAAAUCAUUGUUUUAACCCAUACUCAUGUGGAGGUAAAUCUAUGAUGUCAAGGGCCAAAGUGCUUUUCAGACUUCAGCGAGGUCUCAGCUUCCAGGGCUGGAAGGACCCAAAGGAAGAUCUGCACCACAGGCUUCGAGGUUUCUGGGGGUUGGACAUAGAGGUUUCACACACUCCCACUACCUUACUUCUUACACUCCCUUUGUAACAACUUUCCAAUUUAAAAAAAAAUCAAACAAACACGUCUUUUUAGUGAGAUAAUUUUGAGUCCAUCUGUAGAAAAAAAAAAAAAAAAAAUCAAUCUUCACCACUAAGGAAUAGCGAUACCGAGGCCUGAAGGAAGGGGGAGCCCUGUGGCCCUUUCUGUGCCAAAGCCAAGAAGUUUGGCAGGUAAAGUUUCUCAGACACCAGUCUGCUAUAUGCCAAAUUGAAACCACUGGGAAUGAUUUAUGAAACAUAAAAAUCUUCUGUACUUCCCUUCGAGGUACACUUAUUUACUGACAGCAUUUUUCUUA